CGAGAUUAAGUGACACACUUAUGUGUAGUUUCGAAAAUGCAUAAGGUCUGUGUUUCUUUAUUUAUAUGAAUUGGACCAAAUAAACGUAAUUUUUUAUUGAUCAGCAUGUCUGUUGUAACGAUAUAAUCAAAAGGUUAUUUUGCUGUCGUUCAUUGGAGAAAACUUGGAACUACUUUAAAGGAGAACAUAGAUAUUUGCUUGGGUUGUUCGAUAUAUCAGCAGGUGCAGGCACCGAAUCGAUGAUUGCCACACCUCCUCACUCCCCCGGUCUCCCGGGUUCUCCCUCAUACCUGGGAACCCUCUGCGUCCCCUGUCCGGCACCUCCGCCCUCGUCUCCUUGCCCCCCUCCUCCUUUCUCUCUAGGGAUGACACUUCGGACCCCCUCGUUAUCCUCCUGUCCCACGCAGUCCCUGGACCUCCGCAGACACAGCUGGCAGCCUGGGCACUUAGGCUCAGAGUCUGAGUAUCCUUCAGAGUACCAGCAACGCAGUGUGAGUCUGGGGGGCUUUGACUCAGAGGAGAUGGAUAACAUUCUCCAUGGAGCUCUAGAGGGGCCCGUCAGAGGGGGACGGGACCCUCGCAGGGCCCCAAUCACCUCCUACAGCCAGGAGAUGGCUUCCCUGCUGUCCCUCACAGAGGAGGAGGGGGGCUGUCAAACCCAGCUGGUAAUUCCUUUGGAGUCGUGUCAGCUGCAGGGCUUCAGUUCUUCUGCCCCCGCCCUGUGUGCCAGUCCCAGCGAGCACCAGCUACCCAGCCUCCAUCCUCACCCCCAAGCACACACUCACACACACACUGAGAAGCCCCAGCACCAGCACCAGCAGCCUCACCAUCGCUCCCACUCCUCCAACUCCCAGCGUCAACACCAAGACUCAUCCCCGGGUUCUGUAUUUUGGGGUUCCACACAGUGUGUGGAUGCAGAGCUGGGAGAGCUGUGGGAGGAGAAGAGGAAGGAGGGAAAAAGAGGAGUCCCCCUUGGGGAGGAGAGGAGGACGGAGGGACAGAGAAGACUCGACCCUGGGGAGGAGAGGGGGGCGAAGGCAGAAAGCCAUCUGGGACGCACUUUCAGCUUCCUGCGCAAGAUGGCUGGUCAGCGCAAGAACAAAGAGAAGGAGCGGAUGAAGGAGAGGGAGAAGGAGGCGCGGGAGCGGGAGGCACGCUACAGCAAUGGCCACCUCUUCACCUCCCUCACUGUGUCGGCCACCACACUCUGUUCCGCCUGCAACAAGAGCAUCACGGCCAAGGAGGCCCUCAGCUGUCCCACCUGCAAUGUCACCAUCCACAACCGCUGCCGAGACACACUGGCCAACUGUGCCAAGAUGAAACAACGGCAACAGAAGCUGGCCCUGGUGAGGAACAGCUCUGCGCUGCAAAACGUGGCUCUAAGGACCAAAACUCCUAUGAUGAAGGAGCGGCCCAGCUCCGCCAUCUAUCCGUCUGAGAGCAUCCGUCAGUCCCUGCUGGGCGGCCGCCGGGUCCGCUCCGGCCUCUCCCUGUCCAAGAGUGUCUCCACCCAGAACAUCGCAGGGAAUCUGAACGAUGACUCGCCACUGGGGCUGCGCAGGAUCCUGUCCCAGUCCACGGACUCUCUGAACUUCCGGAACAGAGCCAUGUCCAUGGAGUCCCUGAACGACGAGGGCGAGGUGUACUACGCAGCCAUGUUGGAGGAGCUGGAGCGGGAGGGGAAGGACUUCGAGGCCGACUCGUGGAGCCGGGCUGUAGACCCCUCCUACCUGCAGAUGCACCGCAAAGACGUCAUCAAGAGACAAGACGUCAUUUAUGAGCUGAUCCAGACGGAGUUCCACCACGUGCGGACCCUGCGGAUCAUGGACGGGGUGUUCCGCCAGGGCAUGCUGGACGAGGUGCUGCUGGAGCCGGGCGUGGUGCACGCUGUCUUCCCCUACCUGGAUCAGCUGAUGGCCCUGCACACACGCUUCCUCUCCCAGCUGAUGACACAACGCACCCACAGCCUGGCGCCCGGGAGCAGCACCAACUUCACCAUCAACCAGCUGGGGGACAUUCUCACAGAACAGUUCUCCGGCCAGUGUGCAGAUGAGAUGAGGAAGGCCUACGCUGAGUUCUGCAGCCGCCAUCCCAAGGCCGUCAAACUGUACAAGGAACUGCUGGCCAGGGACAAGAGGUUUCAGCACUUCAUACGGAGGGUAAGCCGGGGACCGCUGCUGCGUCGCCAUGGCGUCCAGGAGUGUAUCCUGCUGGUAACUCAGCGCAUCACCAAAUACCCCGUCCUCAUCCAGCGCAUCCUUGACAACACCAAGGGCAGUGAAGAAGAGGCCCAGUCUCUAGCCCAGGCCCUGUCCCUGAUCCGGGGCCUGUUGAGCUCUGUGGACCAGCAGGUGGCAGAUCUGGAGCGAACCCAGAGGCUGCAGGAGAUCCAGGCCAGACUGGACCCACGGGCCCAGGCUGCAGUCAGGGGAGGAGGGGUGUUCAGGGGAGGGGAGCUGCUACGCCGGACGCUCCUUCACGAGGGCACUCUGCUGUGGAAGACUCAAGGGUCUAGACUCAAAGAUGUGCAGGUCCUGUUGAUGACAGACAUCCUGGUGUUCUUGCAGGAGAAGGACCAGAAGUAUGUCUUCCCCUGCUUGGAUAAGCCAGCAGUGUUGUCUCUGAAGAACCUGAUUGUGAGGGACAUAGCCAAUCAGGAGCGAGGGAUGUUCCUGAUCAGUGACUCCACCCCCGCGGACAUGUAUGAGCUGCACGGUGCCUCGCGGGAUGACAGGAACAACUGGAUGAGACUCAUACAGCAGACUGUCAGCAGCUGUCCAUCCAGAGAGGACUUCCCUUUAAUAGAGACCGAGGACAAGGCAUUACUGCGUAGACUCAGAGCUGACAUCCAGCAGAAGGACAGGGAGGUCCUGGAGCUUCUCCAGGAGAGGGUGACUCUGUUCUCUGACCUGGCUGAGAUCACAGGUGGGGGUCAGGAUGUCACGCCCCCCACCAACUCCAGGAACAUAUUCCGGGCCGACACCCCCUACUCAGCCCAGGCUGAACAGCUGCUCACAGAAGCCGUAUCAGAGGUUGACAGGCUGAGUGAGUUGCUGCUGGGCUCCAACAUAGAGCUCCCAAAGUCCAACGGGACCAAUGUUGACCAGAACCACAAAGGGGAGCCAGUGAGCAAUGGAGAUUCAAUGUCCAUCAACGGGACUGAUGAAAUCAAUGGAAGCCCUGCAUCCAAGGACAGAAACGGUAACCAGCUACAGGACAGACCCCUAAAUGAGGAGGUGUGUCAGAGGCUGGUGAACAUCAGUGCUCAGCUCCACGCUCUACAGGCUGCUGUAAUUCUUCAGGACUCUGUCCUCGAGCUCCGCCUCUGUGAGGGAGCUGGCCCUGCCUCCUCGGGCUCCUCCACCCCCACUCCUCCACACUCUGUCCCCAGGCUGUCCCGUUCCAUGUCACGUGAUACUGGUCUGGAUGCCGGCACUGUGGGGGCCGCAGGGGACAUGAACAUGCUCCAGAGGCAGUUCGGCCUGCUGCAGGAGGAGGUGGUGAGGCUGCGCCCCUUCGAGGCCAGACUGAGGGAGAGCGAGAGGGCCCGGGCUCAGAUGGAGCAGCAGCUCAGGGAGCUGCAGGGAAGGAGAGGCAGUCGAGGGAGCAGAGGCAGCAGUGGAGACAUUGUGGUGGACGUUAUAGCCAUAGAAAAGGUUCCUGCUAAAAUAAGAGGAAGUUGUGAUGGUGAGCCUGGCCCUGUCGCCCCAUUGGCCUGCCAGGAACCUGUGGACCAACUGGAUGGUGUACAGGAAGGCAGUGAAGAGGAGGAGUCUGAGGAAGAGGCGGAUGUAGUGAGGAUUUCACCACGUUCCGACAGUCCGAGAGAUCUCCAGGAUAUCCCAGAGGAGAGUGAAUGCGGACCAGAAGCACAGGAAUCCAAAGCUGAUUCCAUGAUUGUUCCAAGUUAACAUUGACCCAGAGACCCAAAAACUGGACAUGCAAACCAGAAAACAGGACUUGAGAGCUGGACCAACAUCUCAACCUACAAACAACCAGGCCGGACAGAACUUUUCUUCAGUAAUGCCGUCUAUUCAACUUUCUUCUCCAUAGAAGGACUACCCAGGAAUUGUGAAUCUUUCAUGUCAGUGUAUAAGUUACUUUAUGAGAAAGUGUUUUUGAAAUAUGUUUUUCUAAUGUUAUUUUGAAGGCUUCGUCCUCAGGAUUGAAUCCAUGCAAAUCUUCGGUUCAUAUUGGCGUUUCAAAAAAAAAAAGGAAGAAAUAAUAUAUGAGCAAAGGAUUGUGAGGUGAAGAGGAGGAUCAAUUUUGUAGCAGCCAUGGAUUUCCAGCCUAGAUCUCUGUCUCUGCUAAAAUCAGUAGGAACCGUUCUGUACUGUAACUGCCUGUCAUUUUUCUACAUGUACUGUAAUGCCACCUUUCUACAGACCUGGUUUGUCUGUGGUGGGGCUGGCUGACAGAAACUGAAGUUAAUCCAAUUAAGGAUAGCUGAGGGCGGGACAGGGUGGGGGGCAUAUAUAUGCUGUAUAUAAUUGUUGAAAAUGUUGUUUUUGUGAGUAUUAAUCAACUCUUUCCCCCCAACCCUCACUGCUUAUUGAACACAAACACUUGAAAUCUCUUGUGCUUUUUCAUAAACCAUUUUGUUUUUUAGGAAGACAACAGUAGUUAGCUACAAAAGGUUUUCUGCUAAAUAUUUGAUAGAAAGGGAUGGGUGGUUAAAAUGAACUUUUCAGACCUUUGAAGGAAACACAAAGGACCAAAAUAAACCAAAAUUGUUAUAUUUAAAUACAACAAUAUUGAUGUAGUAUAUCAUAAGGACUGGAGUCCUUUGAAUGGACUCAAUUCUUACAUGACCUACUAAAUAGAGUCAAAUGUUGUUUACAGGGUUAGGGGUUAGCCCAUCCCAAAUCAUGAGUGUACAUUGAUCUUUCCUGAUGAAAAUUACCCUUAUUGGUUUCAGGAUGAUUAACAACAACUCUGGCCAAUCAGAACCUCCUUCAAAAAAGGUUUUUAAAAAAUUAGCUCUUGAGCUCACACCCCUGACCCUAAAGAGAAUGUUAUAGUAAUGGAAGUAAUUUGACUGGAUUCAAAGGUUAUUUCCUUUUUUGAACUACAUAUAAAAAUGUAUGUGCUACAUUAUAUAUUCUAUGAGAACUUAGUCUGUAUAAAUAUUUGAUAUGUUAAAAAGAAAAAAAUGACUUUUUUUACAUU